UCGGCCUCCCAGAGUACUAGGAUUACAGGCGUGAGCCACCUCGCCCACCCUUAUUUGUUCAUUUCUUGCAUUUUUGAAGUACACUUCAAUGACAUCCUUGGCCUGAGAUUUUUUGCCAUAGUCCUUAACUACGACAUGACUGCAACCAACCACUUCAUGGAGUUUUCCCUGUCUGUCAGUUUUACAGAGGCCUACCCAUUUUCCUAGUUUCUUAUGAUCAUCAACGUUAAUGAGGCCAUUUGCUGUUGAGCACAGAGGGCCUUCACCAUCUUGACGCAGGUUCAUCACAGUUGGAUGCAAGCACACAAAGAUGGGCUUGGGCCUUGCCUGAGGCUUUGGCCGCUUCGCACAUCCCAUAUAGCCAUCGUGGAUGAGGACAUUCUUCAGCACCUCUUGUAAAGCAUCAUUAACAUUCAUUAUACCUCAGCAGCAAUGUCUUCCUUGGACGUUCUUCAGCACCUCUUAUAAAGCAUCAUUAACAUUCAUUAUACCUCAGCAGCAGUGUCUUCCGUGGCCACGGUGGUGGGUUAUAGGUAGUGGUCAGCAGUCAGUGACAGGUGUAACCUCUGUGGAUGACAGCAACAGUUACUGGAGGAUACGGGGGAAGACCGCCACAGUGUGUGAGAGGGGAACCCCCAUCAAGUGUGGCCAGCCCAUCCGUCUGACACAUGUCAACACUGGGCGAAACCUCCAUAGUCACCACUUCACUUCACCUCUUUCUGGAAACCAGGAAGUGAGUGCUUUUGGUGAGGAAGGUGAAGGUGAUUAUCUGGAUGACUGGACAGUGCUCUGUAAUGGGCCCUACUGGGUGAGAGAUGGUGAGGUGCGGUUCAAACAUUCUUCCACUGAGGUACUGCUGUCUGUCACAGGAGAACAAUAUGGCCGACCCAUCAGUGGACAAAAAGAGGUGCAUGGUAUGGCCCAGCCAAGCCAGAACAACUACUGGAAAGCCAUGGAAGGCAUCUUCAUGAAGCCCAGUGAGUUGCUGAAGGCAGAAGCCCACCAUGCAGAGCUAUGAAUUUAGAGACUCUGAGCCAUUGUCACCACACAGUGUUUAUAGACAUCAUCUGCUGCUUCACCCUGGGAACCCUGCUGCAAGUUCCCUGGGCAGUGGCCAUGUCACCACUGAGAUGUAGAUGCAUGACAGAAAACAGUGGUUGUGUUUGGAAGCUUCAGCCCCUCACACUUUAAUUGGUUACUCUCCCAGACUUGGGUCAGUUCUUUCUGAGGACAUGCUGGUGAAGGAACAGAUGCUUUUUAUUUACACUGAUGAAACAUACUGUGGGGGCCAUCCCUCUUAGCUGGGAAACUUACUCCUCAAGAACUUGGCAUUGUGGAUUGUUAAUGUGUGUGACUUUCCCCCUAUUCUUUUUCUGGUAUGAUUUUUUAAAAAAGAAUUUUACUGUCA